AUGAAUGACUCUGCGCUCGGAAUCCCACCGGCGCAGAGGCUUUGGCCGCCUGAGCCUUCUCAAUGGAAGAUGGAGGAUGCGCCCGUUCGCACGUGCCCGCGGGUGGGUCAGUGGAUUGGAUUGGAUUGGAUUGGAUUAUGUUUCGAAGUUUCCGAUUCACGAGAGCUGGCUGCGUUUGUGUUGCAGGAGGAGCGGUCGUCGUCGGCGUCGCACGUGUCGUCGGCGUACGCGGCGGCGGCGGCCGCGGCGGUGGCGGCGGCGGCGCGGGGCGGCGGGGCGACCUGGGCGCGUUCCCCGCCCCAGCAGCCCCUCCAGCACCGCGCCGCCGCCCCCGCCCUGCCUGGGCUACACGGCGCUGGGGCCCGGCCCGGCCUCGCCCCCGCGCGCGCCCAGCGACGCCUCGCCCUCGCGCCUCUCGCUGCAGUCCGGCAGCUUCCAGUGCAGGUAUUGGGAUAUGGUUAUGAAUAA